AUGUAUGAAGAGCGAUUCGAAACAAUGAAACGGCUGAUGGCCAGCCAUGGUCGGCGCUUAGAGCCCGAGUGGCGGGUAUACACAAGGGGCGCGGCCAGAAAGCAUAUCCUCGUAGAGAUACAGAUAAAGCGAUAG